CUGAUCAUCGGCAUUGCCGGCCAGGUCGUGUCGUACCUCAGCGAGUUCUUGCUUGACAAAGGAUACGAGGUCUACGGCAUGAGCGUUCGCUCCUCCAACUUCAACACCCAACGGGUCGACCACAUCUACAUCAACCCCCGCAACAACGCCCACAAUGCCCGGAUGAAGCUUCGCUGCUCUAUUCUCACCGACUCCUCUCUCUGUCUCCGCCGUUGGAUUGACGCGAUCUCCCCCGACGAGGUCUACAAUCUCGCCGACCAGUACGAGGUGGCGGUCUCUCUCGAGACCCCUGAAUACCCCGAUAUUGUCGCCACGGUUGCCUUCCGGCUUCUUGAGGCCGUGCGCUCCCACGUCUCCGUUACCGGCCGCAGUCACAUCCGCUACUUCCAGUCUGGGUCUUCAGAGGUGUUCGGACCGCAGUCUGACAAAUCUGGGUAUUUGAGGAUGAAUGAGAAAUCCCGGUUCCACCCUUGGUCCCUCUACGGCGUGUCCAAGUGCGCUGCGCACUGGUACACUGUGUACUACCGCGAGGCCCUCGGCCUGUUCGCGUGCAACGGGAUCCUGUUCAACCCCGCCUCCCCGAGGCAGGACUGGAACUUCGUGACCCGAAAGAUAACCAGGGCUGUGGGGUGGAUCAAGAUGGGGCUACAGAGCAAGUUGUUCCUGGGGAAUCUGUUGGCCUCCCGGGACUGGGGUUUCGCUGGGGACUACGUGGAGGCGAUGUGGAUGAUGCUGCAGCAAGGAAAACCUGACGACUACGUGGUCGGGAUGGGGGAGUCGCACACGGUGGACGAGAUUAUGAUGACGGUGUUUGAGUAUGUGGGGCUGGAAUGGCGGGACUAUGUGGUUUAUGAUAAUGAGAUACCGCUCAGGCCGGCGGGGGUCGACCAGUUGAGGGGAGAUGCAACUAAGGCCAAGGAGGUGUUGGGUUGGAAGGCCAAGGUUGGGUUCGAGAAGUUGGUGGAGAUGAUGGUGGACGAGGAUAUUGAAUUGGCUAAGAGAGAGAAGGUUCUUGUUGACACUGGGUACAUAGAUGUCUGCAACAGCCGGGUAUUAGGUACUUCUUAUCUCUUGCUGCUCUGUUUGUUAACCCAGUGCUCUUUCUUUGGUCCUUUUAGGAUACGAUGCCAGAUGAAGAAGACUUUCGAGGAAGCGAGGCUUACGCGCUCAAGCUCCGCGAGCUCCAUCUCGGCAACAUUAGCAAAACUGGAUGAUCUUUGGUCUCGUCUCCUUGACAUAGAGAUAGAUGAUACAACCCUCGGCUCCAGAGCUACUCCUCCAUCUCGUCCCUCCUCCUCCGCUGCUCCUCCGCCUCCUUUCCCCGGCUUUCUCAUGGCGGCGUCAACCUCACCGUCGCAAGAACGGGAGGAAGCGACUAUCCGGCAGAAGCGCACGUGGAGUGAUGAUUCGAUUUUUGGAGGGCUUCGAGGAAGAGGUGGAGGCAUAGACGAUCUUUGA